AUGAAUUGGGAGCGACCUAAGACCGUAACUGAAGUGAGGAGUUUCUUGGGACUCACAGGUUAUUAUCGUAGAUUCAUCCAGAAUUUCUCUCAAUUAGUACAACCACUCACCCGUCUCCCUCGGAAGGGAAUGCCUUUUGAGUGGACUGACGCUUGUGAAGAAUGUUUCUUGGAGCUAAAAGGUAGAUUGACCAGUGCUCUUGUGCUUACUAUUCCGGACCUAACCAGAAAGUUUGAAGUAUAUUGUGAGGCUUCUCUGAAGGGCCUUGGUUGUGUGUUGAUGCAAGACCAUAUGGUUGUAGCCUAUGCGUCACGACAAUUAAAGCCACAUGAGGAAAAGUAUCCUACUCAUGAUCUGGAGUUGGAAGCUAUAGUGUUCGCACUAAAGAUCUAG